UUUUGAGCCAUCAUCCAUCGAUUUCUUCUCCGAAUCUCCUCCGUUUCCCAAUUUUCCAUCAAUUUCUUCUCUUUUUUCUCAGAUUGAUUGAUCCAAGGUGUUCUAGAUCUCAGGGUUUUGUUUCCCUUUGCUGGUUCUUGGGUUUCUUGCUUCCAUUAGUGUCCAAAUUCCAAGUUUUUUUCUCUCUCUCUCUCUCUCUCUGCUUGGUUUUGGAGCAGUAGAUCAGGUUUCUUCAUUUGGGAGUCUCAGCUUCAGGUAGUUUAUUCGAAUCGGGCAAUGGCAAAAGGAAAAAAGCCUGCAGACACUGAUGCAUCUGAUAGGAGCAAUGAUCGGAUGUCACCCAUGAAGGACAAGCCCUUGGUCCCAAUAGCUGUUGCUGGAUGUUCAUCUGGAGAGGGUUUGCCAUAUGCUCCUGAAGAUUGGCCAAACCCAGGAGACAUAUGGAGGUGGAGGGUAGGAAACAGGAAAGCUACUUCUGGACACUGGGUAGAUAGGUUCCUCUAUGCUCCUAAGAGUUUACAGCAGACAACAUUCUCAAGCAGGGUUUCUGUAGAGCAAUAUAUCAAGAAACAAUUUCCUAAUGAGGAUGUUGAAAAGUUCUUUGCUUCAUUUCUCUGGAGGAUUCCUGCUGCUGAUUACGCCCCACGAAAAGAAUCAUCAGGGUCUGAAGAUUGUAAAGCUGGCAAUAAGAUGUGCUCUAUGCAGACAAAGGAAAAGACCGACGCAUUUGUUGUCAUGCCUUGUAAUAUCUGUUGCGGUGAAAGGAACUUCUGCCGUAACUGUUGUUGCAUUCUUUGUUGCAAAAGCAUUGAUUGGGCUUAUGAAGGUUACAGUUAUAUUAGGUGUGAGGCGUCUGUCGAUGAGAAGUUUAUUUGCGGUCAUGUUGCACACCUGGAUUGCGCACGCCGUUGUUACCUGGGUGGAACUGUGAAAGGAAGCAUCAAUCUGGAUGUUGAAUACUACUGCAGACGCUGUGAUAAUAGAACUGAUCUUAUGGAGCAUAUGACAAAGCUCUUCAAGACUUGUCAAUCUGUGAACUCUUACGAAGAUAUUGAGAAAAUGUUGAACUUAGCUUUGUCUCUAUUGCGUGAGUCCCAACAUAUCCUAGCGAAGAACUUGCGCACUUCCAUGGAAUUGGUUCUGGCAAAGCUUAAACGUGGAUUCUCCCUUGAAGAGAUCUGGAAAUCGGAAGACAUUGCCUUGACAUUUACUUCAGGACGAAGGAAUAUAGCUAACAAUGGAAAUGAGAUAACAACGUUCGAGUCUUUAGACAUCGGGAGAGACAACAAAGAAAGGGACGGGUUUAGGAAAGAAGCCGGGGCUUUGCUCGGUGGUCGCACAGUUACUGCACAAGCUCAAAUGCCCAUCUACAUAACAACAGAUCAUAGCAAUGUCUCUGCAAGACUUGAUGAAGACAUAGCUAAGGCUCUGCAGGAACUGAAGAGAUCUCAGGAAUCUGAGUACCGGUUUGCGGCGCAAAGGCUUUACGAACAAAAAGAUCUUCUUCUUAGUUUGUACCAACAACUUGAAGGGGACCGAUCAAAACUUGCGCAUGAGUUCUCGCUGCGUAAUGGUAAUGAUUCUGAUGCUCUUCUCACCAAUAUUUUAACUAGAGUUGAUCGGAUUAAGGAAGAGGAGGUAAAACUUCAUGAAAUGUUGAAAAUUGGUAAGGGGUUUGGACAAACUCCGAAAACUAUUCUCGGCCUACACUUCGGUAUGAACAUUGAUGAAUGAUCGACGCCAUGUGAUUGUUCUCUUUUUUGUUUGUAUUUUAAAUCUGUUAACAGGUUAGAAAUGAAUGUGUGUCGAAAACCCGGUCCCUGUAAUCCUCUCUAAUGAUUCAUAAUUUGUAUGUUUUUUAUUGCUAAAUGCUAAUCCUCUUAUUCACACAUAACUUGUCUGGAUGUAGAUUUUGAAUUUA